AUGAAUCGAAGAACACUAGUACUUUCUUGCUUCUUAUUGAUACUAUUAACGUCGCUUUGUAUAAGCUUUUUGGUUAAAAUUGUUCCUGAACUAUUAUUAUCAAAUUUGAACGUACAAAGAUCUGGUUCUUCGAACACGACUUCAAACGAACAUGGCUCCAAUUCUUCGAACAUGACUUCAAAUGAACAUGACUCUAAUUCUUCGAACAUGACUUCAAAUGAACAUGGCUCUAAUUCUUCGAACACGAUUUCAAACACAGCCCCCAAAAAUUAUAACAAAACUCUUGGCUUCGAACACAUUUAUGUUAUUAACCUUGCUCAUCGACGAGACAGACAUUUCAAGAUGGGGGGCAUAGAGGAUAUUCUUGAAUUGAAUUUCGAAUUUUUUCCGGCCGUUAGCAUUAAUGACAGCGAGAUUCUCGAUAAAUAUGAUUUCGAUAUUGCACCCAACCAUAAAUCAUGCUACGUUAGUCAUUAUAGAGUUUACGAAUCGAUUGUCCGUAACGGAUACAAUAGCAGCUUGAUUCUGGAAGAUGACAUUGACGUUGAAAUGAACAUCUUAUCAAUCAUGACUGACGUUCACCGCAUUCUACCCACUGAUUGGGAAAUGCUAUACAUUGGACAUUGCUCUUGGGAAAAAGACGGAAAAUUUAUAGGUGAUGCCAGGAGUUUUCAACUGUAUGAAUCCACAUAUCCGGUUUGCACACAUGCUUACGCAGUUUCUCUCUCCGGCGCUAAAAAGUUAUUAAAUGGGCUUCUUAAUCCAUCGUUACCAGUUGAUUUGGAAAUAGGUGAAAAAAUUAAGCAAGGAAAUAUCAAAUCAUAUAGUCUUGAACCAUCGGCCAUCGUUCAAUGGAAAUCGAAGGAUAAUCCUUCCGACGUUUCUCCUGGAGCCAAACAAUGGACCUAUCCUCUAAAGAAAUCCACCCUGCAUUACUUUGGGUUUCAUGAAAUUAAUGAUCAAGAUUAA